AUGGCGUCGUUAUCGAGCCUGUUACCUGCCCCUACACAGCAGGUGUGGGAUCGUGAUGAUGAGAGAAAAGCUAAGCGUGUUGGUAGUGCCUUGGUAGUAUCACAAACAAGUGUUCCUCCAUAUGGACAGAGAAAAGGAUGGGUUCCCAGAGCAGAGGAGGACUUUGGAGAUGGAGGAGCCUUCCCAGAGAUCCAUGUCGCCCAGUACCCGCUGGGUAUGGGCGCCCGGGGCAAGGAGAGCACUUCCAAUGCCUUAGCAGUCCAGUUAGAUGAGUCUGGCCGAGUUAAAUACUCAGCCAUUGCUAGACAAGGCCAUAGUGCUGAUAAGAUAAUAUACUCAAAAUUAACAGACUUGUUGCCUUCGGAAGUACUAGCGGAAGAUGACCCUACACUCCAGAAACCUGAUGAUGACGACAUACAGGAUCUUACAGAGAAGACCAAGCUAGCUUUAGAAAAACUGACCAAUGCUAAGAUAUCUGCUGCUAUGCCCGUUAAAGCUGCUCCUAAAGCUGCCCCAGCACAAUACAUCAGAUACACACCGGCGCAGCAAGGGGGACAGUUCAACUCCGGUGCCAAGCAGAGAGUUAUCAGAAUGGUAGAAGCCCAGUCCGACCCCAUGGAGCCGCCUCGCUUCCAAAUAAACAAGAAGAUCCCUCGGGCGGCGCCGUCCCCCCCGGCGCCCGUGCUGCACUCCCCCCCGCGCCGUGUGUCCGUCAAACAACAGAGAGACUGGAAGGUACCACCUUGUGUCUCACACUGGAAGAACGCUAAAGGUUACACAAUACCCCUGGACAAGCGUCUAGCAGCAGACGGAAGAGGAUUACAACAAGUACACAUUAACGAAAACUUCUCAAAAUUAGCUGAAGCGCUUUACAUCGCUGACAGAAAGGCGCGAGAGGCCGUGGAGGCGCGUGCGCAGCUAGAGAGGAGAUUAGCGCAGAGAGAGAAGGAGAAGAAAGAAGAACAUCUCAGAAUGCUGGCUCAGAGGGCUAGGGAUCAUAGAGCUGGUAUCCGAGCUCCUGACGAGGAUCCGGAGAGUAAUGAAGUGGACGAGAGCGGACUGACGGCCGCCGAGCGAGACAAACUCAGAGCUGACAGACACAAGGAGCGGCAGAGGGACAGGAACCUGGCCAGGGCGGCACCUGAUAAGAGAUCGAAACUAGUAAAGGACCGGGAACGUGAUAUUUCUGAACAGAUCGCUCUCGGUCUGCCCGCGAAGACGAACCAGGGCGGCGAGGCUAUGUUCGACCAGAGACUGUUCAAUAAUAGCAAAGGAAUGGACAGUGGUUACGGUGACGACGAAGCAUACAACGUAUAUGACAAGCCGUGGCGCAACCAGGACAACGUCGGCGCUCACAUCUACCGACCGUCCAGGAACGCUGACAAGGACAACUACGGAGGAGACAUUGAUGCUAUUGUUAAUACGCGCAGAUUCGUCGCAGACAAAGAGUUUGCUGGUACUAGCAGUAGUAACACCCGCGCUGGGCCGGUGCAGUUCGAGAAGGACGCACCCUCCAGUAGAGACGAACCUUCACAGUCGCGCAGUAACCAGCCGGACGCGGACUUCGAUCCAUUCGGUCUGGAUCGGUUCUUGAGUGAAGCCAAGCGAGCCGACAAGUCGGGGCGCAAGCGAGACCAUCACGACCGACACGAUCAACACGGGAAGAAGAGGAGGGAUUAA